AUGUCUUCCGAUACCCGUGUCAUGUAUUCUGCUGACUCUGCCCAUAUCCGCCAUGAUAUUUCGCCCGACUUCCGCCGCGACUUUCCCAACUUGCCGCCCCACAGGUUAACAUUAAAGGUCGGCGUCCCAAUCACUCUCCUUUGCAAUGUCGACGUGGAACACGGUCUUUGCAAUGGUACCCGAUGUAUGGUUGUUGAAGUCGAAAAUGAACUCGAAAAUGUGGACGACCACGUGAUGGUUAGGCCUGUGAAUGCCUCCCGUGAACAGCGUGCGUGGCCCAUCCGCCGCUGCAACUUCGGGUACGAGGUUCCGGGGUAUUCACGCAUGAUGACAAGGGAGCAAUUCCCCAUGCGGGUCUCCUUCGCAAUGACCGUUUACAAGGCCCAGGGGAUGAGCUGGAAACCUCGACAGGGUCUCAGACCCUCGCUCUGUACUAUAAUUGUCCAAGAAGCCAAAGUUAAAGGGGAGAUGGAAAAGAACACUGCCAUCAUUGAAGCCACUGAAGGAAUCUAUACCUUCCCCCAAUGGAACGGUCAGCGAGAGGCACUUCAGCCCCUUGUCUUUUGUCCAUAA